AUGCGGUCCUCCUUGCAGUACGCCUCGCUGGCAGGUCUCGUUGCUGCCGGCACCGUCUCUGCAGGCGUCGUCUCCGUUCCCUUUGAGAAGCGCUUCCUCGACAGCAACCCGCUCCCGACAUUGCUGCGGCGCGAUGGCACCGUUGGGCUGGAUGCCCUCAACAAUCUCACCGGGGGUGGCUACUAUGCCGAGUUCAGCGUUGGCACGCCGCCCCAGAAGCUGAGCUUUAUGCUUGAUACGGGUAGCAGUGAUACCUGGGUCAACUCGGUGGACGCGGAUCUCUGCACGGAUUCGCUUAUACAGAAGGAAGUUGGCGAAUACUGCUCAAAGCAAUUUGAUCAGAGCAAAAGCAAAACCUUCAAUUCAACUAGACAACCCUUCAACAUCACCUAUCUUGAUGGCCGCAACAUCAUGGGCAGGUACUUCAAAGACACCGUUACCAUCAACAGUGCCACCAUCAAGAACCAGCAAAUGGGCCUGGCUACACAGUCUGUCCGUGGAACAGGCCUGAUGGGCUUGGGAUUCAGGUCAAACGAGGCCGCUUCAAUCAAAUAUCCCACCGUCAUCGAAAACAUGGUAUCUCAAGGCAUCAUCGCCAUGCCGGCCUUCAGCCUCUACCUCAAUGACCUGCAGACCAGCCAGGGCUCCAUCCUCUUCGGCGGCGUUGACACCGACAAGUUCCACGGCGGCCUCGCCACUCUGCCCUUCCAGUCGCUGCCUGCAUCUAUUGCUAGGACGAAAGAAAUUGUCAUGUACGCCGUUCAGCUGAAUGGAUUCAAAGUCACCGGCGUCGACUCUCCUGCGGUCAACGCCACCGCUGUUCUGGACUCUGGUUCAACCAUCAGCCUCCUCCCAGAUGACGUCGUACAGGCUGUUUGGAAGCAAUUCAACGUCAUGAACGUCCGGGGCAUUCCCGUUCCCUUUGUUGACUGCGCCAAGGCAAACGCCAAAGACACAUUUUUCAGCUUCCAGUUUACAAACAAGACAAUCCAAGUCCCCAUCGAUGAAAUGGUCCUCAACAAUCUGUCAGGCGUGCAAGAUCAGAUUUUCUCAGACCCAACCUUGAGCCAGGUAUUCAAGGGCUGGAGCGGCGUUUGCACUUUCGGCAUGGCUUCUAUCUCGGACUACGGCAUCUCUUCAGACCAAUUUGUUCUUCUCGGAGACACCUUCUUGCGCUCCGCCUAUGUCGUGUAUGAUUUGCAGAACAAGCAGGUCGGCAUUGCCCAGGCGACCCUCAAUGCGACAAGCAGCUCCAUCAUUGAGUUCCAGGCGGGCUCCAAAACUAUUCCUGGCCCUGUUUCUACAGGAUCCGACGACUCAAGCGACUCAGGCAAAGGAAAUGCCGGCGUCGCGCUGCAUCCUGCUUUCUCAGCCGCCAUCGCAGGCACCGUCUUUGUGACUCUUUCCAUGAUUAUGAAUGCGCUAUAA